UACGGCCUCUCAGGCACAGUCAGAGGCCUCACGACCUGCGCCCCGACUAUCAUCCUCGCAGUGAAUGUGCUCUUGGGAGAUGCGAUCGUCUGGUGGCGCGUCUGGGUCCUCUGGCCAAACAGCCUCCUGGUCCGCGCGACAUGUCUUAUCCUCCUCUUCACCACGUUCUGUGCGUACUCUCUUCCCUUCCUCUUGCACAUAUCCCCAUCUCGCACUUUGAUCCCAGCCGCGAGUCUCUUCGACGUCAACGACUCGUCACGACCUCUGGGGCUUGCUGCCUCUGCCCUCUCGCUCGCGACCAACGUCGUCGCUACAGCGCUUAUCGGAAUUAAAGCUUGGGAGCAUCGGAAGUUCGUGUCCACAGCCACUCUCAAACGCAAGGGGCGAGUCGAGCGCGUCCUCACUCUCUUCAUCGAGUCUGGUGCCCUGUACUGUUUAUUGUGGGGAUUUGUCGUAGCGUAUCAAGUUGCGUCGGAGCAACAAUGGAAGCACGCGCCCUCAAGGUACACGGCCGUUCUCAACGGCUUCGAUUACUUCCUCAAGGGCUGCCUCAUCCCACUUGUAGGGAUUUAUCCAACCGCCAUCAUCGUCCUCGUCGCGCUCAACAAGUCGCACUUCGUCGGCUCGACGCUGGAGAUGACAGCGGUGAUGACCACGGUCGUCUUCCAAAACCCGGAGACGACCAUGAACUCGAUGGGAUACAGCUCGAUG